GUAAUAUAGAGAAUUAAAUAUAUUUCUUAGUCUUUGAGCAAAUGAACAGAGAGAGAGUAUAGUUUUGCAGCGGUUCAUUGCACGCACACAUGCUUAGAGACAGAGGAGGAGGAAACCCCGUGCUUCUUAAAAACAUAUCCACGCUCACAUUCUGCUAUCGUACAAACACCGUUUCUAUACAGGCCAAGGCGACAAGCUUCGUCCAGCUCUGCAUCAAAGAAGGAAGGAAGUUAUGGACCGCACCUACUACAAGGGCGGCAUCAAGGCGUACUGGAAGCGCCGGGGCUACUACCGCAUCGACGCCGCCGCUGCGCAGCGCCGGCCGCCGCUCCCCACCGCGGAGCUCGGAGGUGGCGUGGGUGUCGCCCAGGCCCAGCCGCCGGCGCCGACGCUGGAGGGUGCCUCGGGGCGGCGCCGAUGCCGCGGGUGGCGCGUGCGCCGCGGCCAGCUGCGGCGGCGGCUGCUCCGCGCGCUGUCGCCGCGCCGGUGGCUCAUGCGGCUCCGCGACGCGUACGUGUCCGCCAUGCUGCGGCUGGCGUCCUCCCCCGCCGUCGGGUACGGCGCCGGCCAGCCCUACUGCGGCACGGCGGCCUUCGCGCGGCCGGCGCAGCUCAAGGAGUACGAAGAUAAGGUGCUGGUGGAGAUCUACAGGUCCAUACUCGCGGGCGGCGGGCCUGGCCCCAUCGCCGUCACUACCGGCAGCAACGGCGCCGGUGCGCCUGCCGCCGCCACACUACGGCUACCGACGGCUGCUGCUUGAGCUUGAGCGGCAGAUGAAGCAUGUAUUUAUUCUUCUUGCUUUUACUCUUUAUGUCGCGACGUUGUAACUUCGGUGCGCCUCACAAGCAUUUCAUUUCUUCUUCGUAAACUAGUUAAAUGUCCAUGCGUUACAACGGGAAUAUAUAAUACACGAUAACCUAUGUUCAAAUGUGUAUUAUAUUGUCAUGUAAAAAGGUUUCGUAAUCAAUUUGUGAUCCAAACUAUACAUAAAUUUUGUUAUUUUAAUUUAGUUAUUUCA